AUGCUGAAAACUACAAACUUCGAGUCUCUUCAUUUACUGAAACGAUUUGUGCUCUACUUCAUCCACGAGUUCUACGUCUUUGCAGGAUCAGAUAUCAUCUACUACAAGCGUAAGCCAACAGAGAACGAUAAUCCUGUGAUCAAGGCAGAUGACCCAAAGAACUUCUUCAAGGUGCAAAUUCAGUUCAUUGAAAACAAGAAGCCACGUUCCACCAAACUAUCGGACCUUCUCAAUACGAUUCCAUUCCACAAGUUUGCAAACACUGUCUGCAAAUGGGAACAUGAUCCAAAUGAUAUGGAGACAUUUAGCUUAGCAAAUCCACUACUAGCAAAGGAUCUUCAUGAAGAAACCACCGAAUCUGAGUUAUACCCAGCGCUAGUCGACUAUCUGAAGUGUAUCCUUUGUUUCAAUGAUCCUGGGAGAUGA